AUGACAUUCCGUUUUGUCAUCGAAACAGUAAAAAUAUACGGAUACGUAGAAUUUCAACGGAUAGAUACUGUGUGCGUGGCGGGCGUUACUUUGGUGGAAGAUAGGCCAGUCCUUUGGGACACGACGCUGGAUAAAUACAAAGACAAUACUGCAAGUAUUGCAGGUUGGCGCGAAAUAUGCGUUAUUCUAAUGGAGGAUUUUGAGGCUAUGGAACAAAGACAAAGACAAGAGUUCGGAAAACUUGUUAUGAAAAAGUGGUGUCAGAUGAGAGAUACCUAA